CGUCAAUCAUGUUGUUAGCGCGUGUAGCGCCACAUACGCUAUUCUACACAUGUAGGUCCAGUCACGAAACCUCUCCGUCAUACCCACACGUCCUCCGCCUUUACCACCACUAGCUCACCACCAACCAUGGGGAAAACCGCAAAACCCAAACCCGCACCUAACCCGAUGACCACGGGGCCGAACGCCCCACUCUUCGCGCGCAUCUCGCACCUCUACUCCGCGUCCACGCUCGACCCGACAAGCCCGCUGAGUCGCUUCUACCUGAGCCACGCCCGGUCGAUCGCGAAGAAAUCGGUGCUGCGACUCGAUUCGAAAACAAAACGUACGAUUUGUAAGCGCUGCGAUGCGCUUCUGGUCCCAGACGUGACGUGUACCCACCGCGUCGAGAAUCAGAGUAAGGGUGGCAGGAAAAAGUGGGCGGAUGUACUCGUUGUCGAGUGCCAAUGUGGAAUGGUCAAGAGGUUCCCAGUAGGCAUGGAGGAGUUGAGGGUUAAGAGGGGCGGGUCUUUACAUAAGGAAAAGGAGGAGGCGGUGAUGGAGGGGAAGGAGGAUACAACCGUCGCUGUUGCUAGUGGACAGGAAAAGGGUGGGAAGAAGGAUGCCAAAGCGGGCAAGAAAGCGGGAGCGAAGAAGGGCGCGAAUAUGGAUGCCCGGACCUUUAAAGGACAAGCUAUAUGGACUAUACAAGAUUUGCUGGAGGGGAAAGACCCGGUCCCGGUGGAGGAGGAAAAGCAAGUGUCGGAUUGCCCUACAGAUGCUAGGGAUACGCACAUGGAGGAUGCACCUACUGUAAUCAUGAGGGAGUCACAAAUAAACACAUGAUCCGAUCGUU